UGUACAGCACAAUGACAACAAAGCAUAAAGCUGACGAAACAUCUCACGUAGAUGAGGGCAUACCUCUCCAUGAAAUCCCUGAUGUAGCCUCUCCCGUCUUUUCUGAAGAUGGAACAGAAACAGGGGACCAAUCCUUCUUCCAUGAAGUUCGAUUGAACAAGACCACAAGAUUCAACUUCCUCCUCAGUGUGUGUCUGUCCUUGGUCUACUUCAUUCUGGGCUGGUCGAAAUCACAGAUAGGACCUGCAUUUUUAGAUCUAAUGAUAAUAUCCGGAGUAAAUUUAGAGAUGGGAUCUUGGUUCAUGACGUCAUAUUUCUUCGGUCGUUUGAUUGGGUCAACCGUUGGCGGCCAUCUGUACACAAAAAUGAAUCACCAUCUCGUGUUUGUAGCUUCACUAUUACUAAAUGGACUUGUGCUGGCUGUUAUUCCGUGGUGUGCGUAUUACGAACUGAUGGUCGCGACACAUGUCCUGAAUGGUAUUUUGGAAGGAGGAAUGAAUCUCACAUUGACGUCAAAAGCAGUGUCAGUUUGGGGAUCGACACCCAGGGGGCGCUCAUACAUCCAGAUAAUGUAUGCCGUUUUCGCCAUUUCUGGUAUUCUAGCUCCAAUGGCGACUGCACCCUUUCUGCUAUCCAAUUCAUCAAGGGAACCUAAUUCGACAUCAUGGACAAGUAGAUCAAAUUCUUCAAUGGAACUUUAUAUGACGUCGUGGACACAUGUGUCAAAUUCAUCAGAGAAACCUAACAUGACGUCAUCGACAAGUAGAUCAAAUUUACCAAGCGAACCUCAUAUGACGCUGUGGAUAAAUCGAACUACAUCUAAAAUUGAUGACGUUUCCACGAACAACAUAAUUGAACACAACGAUACUUCAAGAAAAGUUAUAUUUCCAGCUGAAAAUACCUCUAAACUUUAUGUUGCAUAUUCUAUUUCAGCAUCUUUAACUUUGUUAUCCGCGGUUCCAUUUGUCGUUCUAUUUUUAAAAUCAAAAAGAGGUGUUGUUACGAAUUUGAAAAAUGUUAAACAUGACUAUUUUGGGAAUAUCAGUUUAAUGAUCAAACGACUACAGUUAGUGAACAUAGGGUUAUUUUCAGUAGUAUUCGGAGUGAUCGGUCAAUCCCUUGGUAAUUUUAUAACAGUGUUCUGUGUUCAGUAUCUUAACUGGACCAAAGUAGCCGGUGCAAUGAUGACGUCAUUCUAUGUUUUCGCCACUCUGGUUGGAAAUAUAGCCGGGAUAUUUCUCGUGCGACUUCUCAAGCCAGACACUAUAUUACUGUUAUCAACAAUAACUUAUACUAUAGGGUUUGUCGGUCUUAGUGUCAGUGCCUACUUCUAUGAAGACGCCGGUAUCUGGGUAUCGGUUUGUGUUAUCGGUGUGCCGUUCGGUAUGGUGUGGCCAACCUUUAUAAGUUGGACUAACGCUAACUUUAUACCUGUAUCAGGAUAUAUAACCAGCUAUUUACUCGUGACUGCCCAUAUCGCUACCAUGCUACAUCCUCUUAUCAUCAGCUAUCUCAUGGAGGAGGUGUCGCCCCUGUGGUUCUGCUAUCUUUGCACUGUUGAAGGCUGUAUCAGUAUUUUCUGUACUUUGAUGAUGGUGAUAUAUACAAAGUUUUCCUAGAUUUGAUUUGGUUUUGUGUUGUUUUAUGGUUCACGGACAAUUAUCC